GUAGAAUACCGACAGCCUGCAGUCAAAAAUUCCGAUUUCUUUCGACUUUCACCGAGGAGAGAGCUCCUGGAGUGGUCGAAGACUUACUGAGAGAGAUCGACUGCCACAAACAAUCUGACAAACUGGUCAAAGAGAUCGCUGGACUGAAUUCAAAACCUGGUUCCAGUGACACUGCCGGUCCCUCAGCUGGAGCAACUGGUGUGAAUACCAUGGCAGAAGGUGACCGCUCAGGGGAACACUUUGUGGAUAAAUAUAGAGCCCAGCUGAUCGAUAGAGUGAGCAACAUUGAGGCCAUUUUGGAUGAGCUCCUCGACAAAAAAGUCAUCACACUGGGGAAUUAUGAUGAAAUCUUGGCCAUCCCUACCUCUAGGGGUAGGAUGAGGAAGCUCUACUCUGGUCCCCUGAAUUCUGCUGGACACGACGGCAAAGAAGUCUUCUACAAAAUCCUUGAGAAAAGGAAACAUUUCUUUUUGCUGAGCUUAAGAAAAAGAAGUGAAUCUUGUGGUGAAUAUCAUUUUUAGACCAAAUAUAUAGUUUUACUGAGCCCAUUGUUUAUACGAUAACAAUGGGGGAAUUUUAAUGUUAAUGCUAUGUCCCUCAGGGGGUUUUCUAAAAAAAAAAUAGCUUUUUCAGCUCUAUGCUUAAACAUCUGUUUCCCCUUAAUUUUAUGUUGAAAUAAAUUGAAAUCUGAGUGAGGUGUGGUGCCUCCUCUACCUGAUCAGUGAGGCUCAGGAUGAGAUGAGUUUUCCUUCAAGGUUCAAAACCAGAUUCAGUAAAUGUUUAUCAGACAAUCGUAAGAAAUGAUUAGAGGUUCUCACCAGACAUGUGAUGUUUUUAUCCAACAAAGAACAAAUGGAAUGAAAGUCUGUUUUUAUCCUAAUUAUUUGAUGUUAAUUAAAACACGCUUGAUCAUGAAUGAUUAUCCAUAACUUUUGCAUGUAAAGCAGGUACCUCUCAUAUAUGCUAAAAGAUUAAGAGCAAGAGUUUUUUAAUCACUCUUUUUCUGCCCUAUAAGAAUAACUUUACUUUCGGAGGGUCUUUUGAAAAACGUUCUAUUUGUAAAUUUAUAUCAAUUUAUAAUAAAGUCUUCUGAAUACUA